AUGGGGUCCGACAACGAGACGCUGUACAAUCUGAUGAUCGACUUGUUCUCUGCAACGCACCGCGAGGGUGCACUGGCGGAGUUGAGCCGGAGGCGCGACCACAACCCGGACCUGGGCGUUGCGCUGUGGAAUGCGUACGGUGUGAUGACCAUCCUGUACCAGGAGAUUAUUGUUAUUUACCCGCUGCUCAACCCGCCGGCGCUGACCAUGGCUGUGUCGAACCGCGCAUGUAACUCGCUGGCGCUGCUGCAGCUGGUGGCCACGCACGAGCAGACGCGCAUGCAGCUUCUCAAGGCGAACGUCCCGCAGCUGCUGUACCCGUUCCUGAGCACCACGAGCCGCAACAAGCAGUACGACAAUCUGCGUCUGACCAGCCUGGGCGUCAUUGGCGCCCUGGUCAAGUACGACAACCACGAGGUGAUCAGCUUCUUUGUGGCCACCGAGUUCCUGCCGCUGUGCCUCAAAAUCAUGGACAUUGGCAGCGAGCUGUGCAAGGUCGUGGCCACCUUUAUCUUCCAGAAAAUCAUCCUCGACGAGGGUGGCUUCCAGUAUGUCACAUCGCACCCGAAGCGGCUGCGCACGGUCCUGGUUAUCCUCGACAAUGUCAUCGGCCAGAUGGUGACUGCGCCAUCCGGCCGCCUGCUCAAGAGCGUGACCAAGUGCCUGAUCCGGCUUGCUGAUAACCCGAAGGCCAAGGAGGAGCUGCAGGCCAACCUGUCCGAGCACCUGAGGAACUCGACCUUUGCGCAGGUGCUGGCGGAGGACGUUGCAUACAGACGCCUGAUCUUCCAGCUGAUGGCCAAGCUGGCCUAG